AUGAAGGGAGAGGCUGAAUCAGUUUGCCCAGAAGGAAAAAGAGGCCCCGGUGUCCCCGAGGCUGGGAGCAGGAGGGAACUGUGGGAAGGAAGAGUCCAGAAGAGCUUGGGAGAGGAUUUUCUUCCUUCAGAUGUGCAGCGCCAGCAAUUCAGGCGCUUCCGCUACCAGGAGGCCGAAGGGCCCCGAGAGGUCUGCAGCCGCCUCCACCAUCUUUGCCACCAGUGGCUGAAGCCAGAAGGCCACAGCAAGAAGGAGAUCCUGGACCUGGUGGUCUUGGAGCAACUCCUGGCCGUCCUGCCCCCGGAGAUGGAGAGCUGGGUCAGGGAAUGCGGGCCGGAGACCAGUUCCCAGGUGGUGGCCCUGGCAGAAGGCUUCCUCCUGAGCCAGGCAGGUGCCAGGAAUCGGGACCAGCAGGUGCAGGAAAAAAUCUCACAGGAGCUUUACUACAGAGCAACUUUUCCAGGUAAGAUCAGAGAGGUCUUUGUUCCCACGGGUUGUCCUCGAGGGUAG